AUGAGGAUAUCCAUACCUUCCAUCCCCGAACAUGCCAGUCGGCCGACGAUCGAGUACAGCCUCGAGAAGGCGUCCGAGAUGGUCGCCGAGUUCCUCGCGGCUGCCAAAGGCAAGGCGCUCAUCAUGACGGGAGCGGGCGUCUCGGUAGACUCUGGCAUAGCACCCUACCGCGGGGAGAAGGGACACUAUACGGUGCACAAGACGUAUCGCCCUAUCUUCUACCACGAGUUCACCGACCCCACCGAAAAGGGCCACCUGGCCCGCCAGCGUUACUUCUCGCGGUCCUACCUUGGAUUCCCGCCUGUGCGGGUGGCGCAGCCGAACAAGACGCACUACAGCAUCGCUGCGAUUCAGCGGCUAGGCUACGUGCCGGAAUUCAUCACCCAGAACGUUGACAACCUGCAUCACGCGGCGACGCCUUCGGCCUCGCUGGCAGCAAGCACCAUCCUCGAGCUGCACGGCACGCUCAAGCAUGUGGUGUGCGUCUCGAGUCCGGAGGCAGCUGGGCGCGAGCAGUCCAAGCGUCCGGUCCACGCCGACUUUUACGAAGCCAUGACGGCCACCUCUUAUCUGCGAGGACCGAGGGCGGUGACGUUGCGGCCUGACAAUACGCCGACGGGCGAGAACUAUCCGCGAGGCUGCGGCUUUCGAGGCUCGCGAGCCGUGUUCCAGGACGAGCUGACCCGGCUCAAUCCGGCGUGGGCGCAGCUCGAGCGAGAUAUGGCCGAGACGGGCAAGAGGCCCAAGACGAAUCCGGACGGCGAUGUGGAGCUGCACAAUGUCGACUACACCUUCCACUAUCCGGCGUGUCCCAACUGCGGCGGGGUGCUCAAGCCGUCGGUCAUCUUCUUCGGCGAGUCGGUGCCGGACCGGUUGCGCGACCAUUCGUAUGCGAUGGUGGAUGAUGCGCGUGCGCUGCUGCUGGUGGGGACGAGCCUGGCGACGUAUUCGGCGUUUCGGCUGGUGAAGCAGGCGGUGGAGCAGGCGAAGCCGGUGAUGAUCCUCAAUCGCGGGCCGACACGGGCGGAUGGCAUCGUGGAGAGCAAGAUCGAGCUGGGCUCGUCCGAGGUGCUGUCGCGCGUCGCGGCGCUGCUGAGCAACGGACGCGAGCGCAACGACAAGGUUCUCCAGAGCCUGCUCAGCUCGGGCGUCACCGUGCGGCCCAACGAAGCAAGUGCGGUGGUUAGCAGUUGA